AUGCCCGAAAUCAACGUCGCCGCCGUGCUGUACCCCAAGCCGGAGAAGUUCGACGAGCUCGCCGCGCUCAUCACCGAGCUCACCAAGAAAGUUCAAGAGCAUGAACCCGACACCCUGGUCUAUUACGCGAUCAAGGUGCACGAUAAAAACGAGAUUGUGAUUAUUGAACGAUACAAAAACCAAGCCGCCGUCCAAGCGCAUAUGAAAAGUCCCUACUUCCGCGAGUUCGCCUCCCAGUUGCCGGCAUUGAUGGCGAAGCCAGCGGAGAUGCGCGUGGGGGCCUUCUUGGGCGGCGCGGGGAGUGUCGCGGCUGUAACCGACGAGCGGAGGGAGGCAUUCACACAGGAGUCUUCGCGCCCGGAUAGACCAUGCCUCUGUUGA